CCCAUCGCAUCAGAUGUGCAUUGCACUAUCGGCUCUUCGGUGUUGGUGCUUUUAUCACCGCGUCGUUUGGAUAACGCCGUGAUAACAGUGUGCGCACGCCAGCGAAACGAACCUUUUGCGACAGAAGACAACAGGUAGGGCAACGGCAGAGAACACCUACUGGUACAUUGGAGUGGCGUGAUCAUUGCAAUCCCGCAGUUCGCAAGGUGCAAUUUAACAGCGGUCACAGCAGUGCGCCAGAGCAUGUCGGUGGCGGAGCUAAACCUGCAGUCGGGAUUGUGGCAGAUGCUGACGAUACACGAGCGCGACUGGCCGGUGCACGACCUGAUGGCCUCGUGCGUCCCGCUGGUGGACGACGAGGAGCUCGCCUCGUACCUGAAGCCCGGCGCCGAAGCCAGGUUCCGGCGCUUCGUGCGCCAAAGGCCUGGCUACUUUCACUACGACAGCGAACGGGACAGCGUGGGUGUGGCCAAGGAUUCGCCGAACGCGGCCGCCGAAGGAUGGCUGGCCAAGUACUUGGCGCUGCGGAUCUCGGAGGGAUGCAACGAGGUCGGCGCCGAGGCCUCCGACAGAUGCAAGUCGGCGCUCCCGACGUGUAUGGCUGCCCAUCUGAACACCAUAUACGGAGGCAGCUGGGCGCUCUUUUGUAAGACGCACUCGUCAGACUUCGCGCUCGGCGAGAGUGGUCUGGCUCUGCUGACUGUCGGCUACCACGAGAGGAGCAUAGCGUCGUGCAUCAGGGAAGAGGGCCUCGUCUCUUUUUUUAUCGAUCUUCUGCACAAGAUUGGAGCGACCGAGGGACAGCCGUGCAACGUGCACAUGCUGACAAAGUACCUCCACUUCAUGGGGAGCGGGGAAAGAAAGUUGCUGCACGAAAACUAUCGCGACAACCUGAACGUGUUCUUUCUGCUGAACCCCGCAAACUUCGCGACGACGAGAGUCGAAAGAGGCUCGGUUUUCCUCAAGAACCACGAUCCGCACUACGCUGCAGCUUUGUUUAUAAGGCAGCAGCUCCAAAUCCAGUGCGCGUCCGCGGUGUCUCUGGAAGAGCUCGCAUUGAGAGCCAAGUACUCGUCGUUACCGGUGGCACAAUUGUUCUUUGGCGUCGAUACUGCGGUAAGAAAAGUUAGGGAAAUAGUCUUGCGCUACCCUUCUUUAUUUCACAUGGAUGAAAAGGGCGAGAAGGUGCGGCUUCGAGAUGAGUACCCGCCAGAUGCCCGCUGGAACGCAGACACUGAACUGUUGGCGGUGGCCUAUUUCAUUGACAUCCUCAAAGGUAUAGAUGCCACGUCACCUUCUAGGGCCAUAUGCUUUAACUACAUCGUAUGUGCUGCUAAUGCUGCGCCUCAAAGCUGCAAGAACUACUUGGACAUUCUCUACCCUGGACUAGAGGUCAUCGGAUUGUUUCACCUGCAUCCCGGCAUUUUCGACCUGUCAUCAGUAAACCGCGUUUCUCUUAUUCAGACGACAGAGGCACCAGAGACGACGACCGCCGAGCAGUGUAGUGAGCAUCUGAUUGAAAAGCAAGCUGUCGAGUAUGCGGCCACGUUAAUUAAGCACGUUCGCCACCUGACCCCUGACCUUUUUGGCUGUUGCUUAGAAAGUCUGUCUCGCAACGUUCGUGAAUAUUGUAGGGCUCCAGUGAAAGGCCGUCUGCAGUCCAUCAUCGAAAGCGGCAGAGCAGCGUUGGCCGCGCACAGCCUGCGCACUGGCAUCACCGCGACAGCCCAGGCUUCGACACAAACCGCCAUGGAGCCCACGUCGCUGCCAUCAAUACCAGCGAAGGAAGCUACUGAGAAUAAAAAACCGACCCACCUCAGCAGUCAGAAGGCCGAAGUUGAGAAACAAAUAGAAAAUCGAGCAGCUGCUGCAGCGGCUCUUCGCAGAGAGAGUGCUGCUGAACCUUACGUCUCGGAAGCCCAAUCUGACAUUGUUCUCGUUACUAAAGCCAAUAAUAGAGCCUCUGCGACGUCUCUUGUAAAUGCAAAUAAUGCUGUUCCAUCCAACGCUCAAAAAGCUCAAAAUUGUGGAGUCGUUGGGGCGAAAGCCGCGACUCAAGCAGUCGCAACGCCUCUUCGCAAAAUGGGCGCUGCCCAGCCUAGCAGUAAAAAAUGCGAAGUUCGGGUCGCCAUCAAUUCGAAGAAAGAAACCGCUUCAGCGUCUUUUGGAAAGGCUUCACCAAGCGUCCAUGAAGCUCUGACUAACGUCAUUCUCGGCAAGAAUGGCAAGAGGAAGGCCAGAAAGCGAGCCGCUGUGGUGCUCCCUAGCAAGGUGGAUGCCACGCAGCCUAACGACCCGAAAGCUGAAGUCAAAACCGUGGCCGUAGAGCAAGCCGCCGCAGCGUCUGUUGGCGAAGCACGUGCUGCUUGCGUCAACGGGCGACAUCCAGGGUCUCUGGUUAAUUCGCCGUCGGGAGAAACCAACCCAGCAGCCGGAGCAACGAAGGAAUGUGCGCAGACAGCGUUGUCGAUUGGAACCGAUCCACCAGGUGGAGGCAGUGAGGAAAAAUUGUGGGCUGUCCUCGAGCGCCUCGCCACGUUGUCGCCGUCCGACCUCAAGCGUGAGGCCAAGAAGUCGCCGUCGAAGAACGCCGAUCAGCUAAGUGCGAGAGAGGCGACCAAAAUCACCGUCGAAGUGACCCGAAUGACCAUCUGCAAAGUGGACUGUCCCUGAAUUUGUGCCUUUAUCGGGGCAUUUACUGUACCUUAUCGCAUGUUCCGAGUUCAGUGCACCUUCUGUGCGCAUGGCAGAGAAUUAUAUAACUGUGCAACGAGUUUUAUUAAUUGGAAGCCUUAUUUGCAACAAGAUCUUACGCAUCCGCGCACUUAAUACGCAAUAAAGCACGCGCCCUGUAAGCGCACUCGUUGGUUGUCAAAUCCUU